CCCAGGCCGCCCACGCGCAGGAGCAGAGCCAACGUGUCAGCGGCGCCCAAGCGGCCCCAGGGCGCUCUCGCCGCCCCGCUCUCCUCGCCACGCCGCCAAUGGGCUCAGGAUCCGCCCCUGACGACGUGGGCCCCGCCCCUGGAGACACACGCCGCGCAGUCGUCACCCUCCCGGGAGCAGGAGGCCAGGGGUGCCUGCCGGCCGGGCCUGGGCGGUAGCCAUGAAGCUGACGCGGAAGAUGGUCCUGACUCGGGCCAAGGCCUCGGAGCUGCACAGCGUGCGCAAGCUCAACUGCUGGGGCAGCCGCCUCACAGAUAUUUCCAUUUGCCGGGAGAUGCCCAGCCUGGAGGUGAUCACGCUCAGGUACCUCUCUCCUGCCGUCAUGCUCAGCCUGGAGCCCGGAAGCCGGGGCAGAGCCUCACGUCCCUCCCAUGGGACCCAGUGCUGUGACAUAACCUAGAAACCUCCAGCACAGACUGAGGGCGGCUUUCGGAAGGGGAGGGGCCGGGACAGCGAGAGCUGGGUCUACCUUGUGGCCCCAUGUCUGCCCUCCUUCCUCAGAGCCUCACCUGGGCCUCCUGAUAGCUCCUGUUCCCUGCCUGCCCUGCUGUACCCCUGCCCACCCUUGGCCUGUGUGCUCCGAGAAGCCAUCGCUGUGUUCGCUGGGCCAGUCGGUGGCCUGUCCUGAGCGCCCUGGCAGUGGCCACAUCUGCCCGAGACCCCCAGGGUCCUGGCCUCUUCUCCCCCCAGUGCCACCACUGCGCACCAGUUUCUCUGCACCCCGUGACCUGUGCUCCUCUACUGUGGUCACUGCCCUCCCAACAGACUAAGGGAACCUUGAAUGAACAAAUGUUACUGGAGUUUUAGGCAGCUGGGGCUUAUUUGGGGGCUCUGGGGAAAAGAAGAGCUUCCUCCAUCCCUGAAUUCCCUCCUGCCUACUGUGUGACCCAGGGAGGGAGCGGACGCUCACGGCUCACCGCUGCCCACCAGACGCUGGGUGGGAGCCUUCUCUGGGUUUCCGCAUUUAAAAGCUCACAAGGGUUUAAACCCUGCGGGGAAGGCCCACCCUUUUGUUUGGCGGCUCGGAAGGCUCCAGGGCCUGCCCUCUGAGAGUAGCUGUUGCAGGCCCCUGAUCCCUGUGACCUACCUUCUUGAUUUCACAGGCAGCCACAGGCUAGGCCAGCCCCUGCCCAUCCUCUGUAACACCCUCCGAGGUUGGCAUCGCCAUGGUGAUGCCAGUGCCCAGCCUGCUGCCCGCCAGGGGCUGAGGCCAGUCCACCUGGUAUUCGGGCAUCCCCAGCGCGGGCAUCAGCCUGUCCUGCCCGAGUCUUGCUGAAUGAACCGAUGAAUGAAAUGGGCUUGGAGGCAUGCUCCUGGGCCAAAUCUCAGCCCUCCCGCCUAUCGGCUGGCUAACCUUGGGCGAGGCGUGGCCCGCUCUGUGCCUCAGUUUCCUUCCUGUAACAUAGAGGUGUUGUAAGUGCCCACCCCACAGGGAGACAAGGAGGAGGUGGAGCUUGAGUUCAGAGGUUGAACAGGGUGCCCGUGCCUGCUGCAGGGCUCCUUUCACUAGUCAGGCGACAUUUACCGUGAGGCUGGGAUUUCAGCUCUGCCUCCGAAAGCCUUACCUGACAGGGAAGGGUGGAGCUUGUGGCUCCCACGAUGGCAGGAAGCUGGGGCGGGGCUGUGGAUCCAGCCUGUGCCCGCAGUGCAUUGAGUUGCCCAGGGGCCGCAGGGCCUCCAAGCAUCAGGCCUCUCAUGUGCGGGGCCAUUUCUGUCACGUCUCAGGAGGGACAGGACCCGGAGGGUGUUCACCGAGUUCAGGUGUGUGGUGCCUGCACGCCCGACUGCACACCACGCCGACUGCACUGGAGCGGAGCAGGUAGCUUGAGGCCACGGGUGUGGUCCGCACAUCAGCUGCUGCCUGUGCCUGGGGCAGACUCCAUCCUGGAAAGGGUCCCACAGACUGAGUUUUGCUCUUGGUAAAAUGGGGCGGCCUCAUAGCUAGGAGCUGUGUGAAAGGAUACCUGGGAAACACCCAGUGAAGGGGUGGCAUGGGGAGGCGGGCUCAGCACCCGCCUGGUGACCGCCCCCUUCCCAGGCGCCUGCAGGACUCGAGUUCAACCCUCCAGGCUGGGGGCCUUGGCUCUCGGCUGGCGGACGCUCCGCACCUUUGAGGGCCUGCGGGAGCAGCUCGGCGUGUUCGCUUGUGGAGGGGACGGACCCCACGCUGUCGGGUGAAGCCUUUAGGUCGCCGCUCCAGGCUUCCUGUGUUUCUCUACUUCUCUGACGCGUCCACGUUCUGUAGAAUGGAAAUGAGGCCCCUCCCCAGUGUUGCCGCUUCCACGUGGGGGUUUGGAAGUGUCAACAGCAUCUCCACCCUGGAGCCUGUGAGCCGGUGCCAGCGCCUGAGCGAACUGUACCUGCGGAGGAACCGUAUCCCCAGCCUGGCUGAGCUCUUCUACCUGAAGGGGCUGCCGCGUCUGAGGGUGCUGUGGCUGGCCGAGAACCCGUGCUGCGGCGCCAGUCCCCACCGCUACCGCAUGACCGUGCUGCGUACCCUGCCGCGCCUACAGAAGCUGGACAACCAGGCUGUGACGGAGGAGGAGCUGUCCCGUGCACUGAGUGAGGGAGAGCAGAUCACCGCCGCCCCGAAGAGAGAAGGCACAGGCCACGGCGGCCCCAAGCCAUGCUUCACACUGAGCACCCUCAGCUCCGCCGCUGAGACCGGCCAGGACGCGCUGGACAGCGAGGAGGAGGCGAUCAGCGCCCAGGGUGAACUUGGCCUGAAGCCCCCUUCCCGGGACCAGUUUCCUUCCUUCUCACCCAGAGAUGCUUCGAGCAGCCACAGGAGCAGGAACGUCCUGACUGCCAUCCUACUGCUGCUGCGGGAGCUGGACGCAGAGGGGCUGGAGGCCGUGCAGCUGACUGUGGGCAGCCGGCUACAAGCCCUGCGUCGGGAGGAGGUGCAGGAGCACGCCGAGUGACCACAGGACCUGAGCGCCGCUCCACCAUCCACGGGGACCCCAGUGUCUUCCCCAGCCCCCAGGAGCUGAAGGGUGGCUGCCACAGCCCUGGCCCCACACAAAAGCCUCCCCGGUUUGCCACAUCGGCCGAGGAGUAGGUGUUAAGUGCUGGCUAGCUGGAGCGGUGGAGAUGCCUGUCCACACCAGAAUGUCCCCAGGACUCCCCUUCUGUGGUCUGGAGGUUCUGGGCUGGCCUGGGCUCUUAAAGGGAGGAUUUUGCAGGUUGUCCUCCCUAAUAAAAGAUUUUCCCAAGGUUGAUGUGGAGGUGACAUCUCCCAAUGGUCGUGACAGUCUUUCUGAAAGCAAGGGCCGUUUCUCGGCAGAAUGAGGAGGCAUUCACGAAUGGCUUUGCUGAUUCCAGUCCUUGGUCCUUGGAUAGUUUUCUGUUGAGCAAGGGAGACUUCCAGAAUGCUGGCGUCCACAGGGACAUCUGCCCUGCGCUGCUCUCAGCAGGAAGGCAGCAGCCUCCCGCGUCCACGGGAGAGGGUUUCGUUUUCUUGGCCAGGCUGGGCAGGUGCGCCUUCCUUUCUCUCUCCUGUGAAGAACUGCAGGGGCGCUCAGCUGUGCGGCUGUGGAGGAACAGGCCUGUGUGCCCUGGGGGCUGGGCCUGGCACAGGGAGCAGCUGGACUAGGGGAGUCCUGGGAGCAUCUGAGAGGGGUUUUCUUUCCUCCGGGAAGUUCCAAGUCUUAUGAGGAUGCCACAAUCUGGGCAGUGACCCGCGGCCCUGGGGACCUUCCUAGUACCCCCAAAACCAAGGAAGCAUUCACGUGAGAUGGGGAGUCAGCCUCCCAGCUGGAGUGUAGGAAAGCCAGCUCCCUGGGCCCUUGUCCUGUGUGGGGUUGGGACCCAGAUCUUCGUGAGAUGUCCCCAUCCUCCGCCAAGCGGUGAUGCGUGACCACGUGUGCAGGCCACUGCUCUCCCAAGCUCAAGGCCAUGCAGUGUGAUCGUCACCAGAGCCAGCUGCAGCAUUGGGGCAGUCACUGUCGCCGGACUUGGGGAAGCCCAGGGCGAAGACAGUCACUCAUCCGUGCAAGCUCUCCACAAGGGGUGCGAUCCCUCCAGAAGGGGUGUGAUCUCUGAGCAGUGGGGAGUGGAGUCACCACUUGGGACAUGGAGGGUGGACAGUUCAGGCCUGUGUCUGCCUCCCUGGGGCUGUGGGGUGGGCACCCGGCACCCUCAGUAAAGUGCUUCCUUGGAA